CCCACCUCUAGGGUUUAAUAUUUCAACAGUGUUGAGAGUUGAGUUCCUCUGAAAAAGCUGCCUCUCUCCAGUUUUCCCCCGAAUGCCAACCUACUUCCUCGCAAACUCACGGCAGCAGGUGUUAGAAUUGCAUCAAGGUCAAACUCUGCCACCAUGUAUCUCAACUCUCCAGGAACCGAGAAUGUGUGCAUGUCUUUAAACUUCAUGGGGAAGAAACUCCGCAACCACACCGUCGCUCCAGCUACAAAACCACGUGCUUGGGAGACGACCACCCUGUCUACUUACACGGAUGAAACAGUAGGCCGUGCCAACCUGGUCCGAACGCGUGCUGUUAUGCCCGCUAUGGAGGAUCUGCCGGGCAGCGUGCCAGACCUGAGGGCAGACACCUGGCCGUGCCGGCCAUGUGCCGUACACAACACUCACCUGGACCAGGACGGAGACACAGGUAAAAUCCGAGUAUUCUGUCGGAUCAGGCCCAUGAGCCGAACCGAGACAGCAAGAGGGGAUUCCACCAUCGUGUCUCGGCUGGAUGAAUAUUCCAUCACCGUGGAAACGGCUCGUGGACAACGAGAGUUCCAGUUUGACCGGAUCUUUGACACAAAAUGUUCUCAGGAAGAGGUGUUUCAAGACACAAAUAGUUUUCUUUACCCCAGACUGAUUCAGUCAGCCAUUGAUGGCUUCAAUGUGUGCAUCUUUGCCUAUGGCCAGACUGGUUCGGGGAAAACCUUUACAAUGGUUGGAGGUAAAAAUCUGAAGAACCCAGGCAUCAUCCCCAGAACAUUUAAUACGAUUUUUGACAUCAUUCAUGAAAAUGAGGCGAAGUUUGACAUCAAGGUUUCUGCCUACAUGAUGGAGCUGUAUAAUGACCGCCUACAAGACCUCUUUGUGAGUCCUGCCGAGGCUUUCGCCAAACGAAUUGAAAUGAAGAAGGACAAAAAGGGGCUUGUCUUUGCCCAGGGAGCAGAGACAAAGGAGGCUGCCAGCGCCAGCGAGCUCUUUGCACUGUUCGAACAGGGCUGCGCAAACCGCCAUAUCGCCGCCACCAAGAUGAACGUGGAGAGCUCACGCUCACACCUGAUCAUCGGCAUAAUGAUGGAGAGCAGGAAUCUGACCAAUGGCAGCGUCUGCUACGGGAAGCUCAGCCUGGUGGACCUGGCGGGGAGCGAACGGGCGGCUAAGACGGGAGCAAAAGACAGCCAGCUAAAGGAGGCCAACUCCAUCAACAAGUCUCUGAGCGCCCUUGGAGACGUCAUCUCGGCCCUGUCCUCGGAGCAGCAGCACGUCCCCUACCGCAACAACAAGCUGACACAGGCCAUGCAGGACUCACUGGGGGGGAACGCCAAAACACUCAUGUUUGUUAACAUCUCCCCCUCCGACUGCAACGUGGAAGAAACACUCACUUCACUUAUGUAUGCUACCCGGGUGAAAGCGAUCACUAACAAUGCACAGAGGAACAUGGACAGUAAAGAAAUCGCACAGUUGAAAGAGAUGAUCGUUAAACUCCGAUCUGGACAGCCUGUAGAGGAAGAAGAGGUGUAAAAAUCCUGCUUAAGAAACAAAACAUGCAUACCCACAAACAGACACAAACAUACACAUGCAUACCCACA